AUGGCUAUGCAUCCGAAAAACGAACUUUUGACCACCUUGUCUUGGCCGGACUACCCCGAAGAACUUGUCACCGCCGAUGAAUCGUCUUCGCAGUCAACGAACGAAAAUGCUCCAUCCGAAAAUACCGAUGACUAUGACUUUGUCAUUUCCGAUGAAGCUACCACUGAAUACUCGUCGAGCGUGCUAGACUCGACCGGGCGGGACUGGUCCAGUGGGCAGAACGAGGAGUUCCGCAUGACCGAAACUGACGUCUAG